GAAAUAAAAAAAACAACUGUCAUUGGCCUCAGCUGUUUCAAUUUGAGGUUAUGUUUUAUUUUAUUCAAUACAAAAUAAACUGAGAAUUCUGAAGAAAUGACUCUUUUAUCUUAUGCCUCUAUAAUACUUCGAAAAAGUGCUGCUCUUCGUUAUCCCUUCAAUUGUCAAGGAUGCGCAAAUAUAGUCAGAAAUGUGACUUCAAGCUCCGUAACUACAAAAACAAUUCAUGAUAUAAAUACAAACGUAGUAAAGGACGUGAUUCUAUUUAAAUAUGAAAACCCAAAGUUCUACAAGUACAUGAACUUAUUCGCAGUGGUACAGUAUAUGUUUUGGUCGUAUCUGGGCAUAUUUGCUUUUUCGUCUUUGCGAGAUGCGCCGGUCGAUAAAUCAAAGAUUGACGACGAUACGCCGUGGUUUCGACGAAUAAAUCUCGGUGAAAACAAGUAUAGAAAUACUUUGGGAACUUUAUGUGUACUAAUCGGUUUUGGAUCCAUAGCUAUGAUAUGGAUGUACACACUCAAGUCAGUCCGUUAUCUGAUCCUCAACAAAGGUGGAAAGCAUGUGACAUUUGUAACAUACACUCCUUUUGGAAAGAACCGGAUAAUGAAGGUGCCUCUUGAGUUCGUGUGCUGUAAGGAAAGCCGUGUCAACGCAAGAGUUCAGUUGCCGCUAAAAGUAAAGAACACCUGGAUGCAUUACAUGUUGGACGUGCGAGGAGAGUUUAAAAACCCACUGCUUUUCGAUAGCACAGCCGGUCUUGCUAGGAAAUGGUAAACUUUAAAUGCCACAGAAAUAAAUGUAACAUAAUGCUAUCUUGUAAAUAAAUUGAUUUGAUUAGUCUUAUUUCAUUGAUUUCUAUCAUAAGUUACCAUCUGAAAAUUGAUUUUAUCUAAGAAACUUAAAGCAUUUGGCAGCUUUCUGUUGGCAGUUUAAAAUUAAAUCUUGUGAUAUAGUUUAUAGCAGGGCUUUGUGAUGUGUUAACUUAAAAUGUUAGUAAUAAAACAUACAAAUGAGAUUUAUGAGAAAAAAAUCUUUAUUUAUAAUUAGAGUAACGGAAAAAUCAUGUCUGUCUCAACACAAAAUAAACAUGAAGUACAAAUGAUAACAAAAAAUAAACUUCUCUAUUUACAAUACAUAGUUACAUUGAUCUAAUGUUAAAUGCUAGAAG